AUGGCUGUAAGCAGUUUUGCUUCUUCCAUAUUAAGUAAAAUACAUGGAUUUGUCAGUGGUAAUGCAGUAUCAGUUUUACAAAAUUAUAAUGGACGAAAUGAUGCUGUAGCAGGACCCUCAAAUAUGAUGCCAAUUCAAGAUCGUCGACUAGUUGAAAAAACGUUCAAAUUAAUGGAUAGUGUUGUUAAACAUUGUCAACAACCACGCCUAAAUCUGAAAAACUCACCGCCUUUUAUACUAGAUAUAUUGCCAGAUACUUAUCACCAGCUAUCAACUAUAAUAUCGAAGAACCCAAAUAUUCUGAAGGAUAAUACAUAUUUGUUUCUCUUUUUAGAAAAUGUCCAAUUGAAGUGCAAGCAGACCUUGAAGUUAUUCAAGGAAGAUCGCGAAAAAAUUUAUGAUGAGAGGUCCGGAGCACGUCGCAAUCUUACUAAGCUCUCAUUAAUUUUCUCACACAUGUUGGCAGAGUUGAAAGCUGAGUUUCCUGAUGGACAUUUUAUUGGUGAGAACUUUCGAAUCACCAAAAAAGAAGCUGAUCAGUUUUGGAGAGAAGCAUUUGGCAGCAAGACAACUGUACCGUGGUUUGAAUUUCGAGUAACGUUAAGUAAAGUGCACAAACUUAAUGCCGGUCUGGAGACUCUUGCUUUAAAGACCACCAUUGACCUAACAGUCAACGAGCAUAUUUCGAACUUUGAAUUUGAUGUAUUCACGAGGCUCUUUCAACCAUGGAAUUCAUUAUUGCAUAAUUGGCAGCUGCUUGCUGUAACUCAUCCUGGAUAUGUUGCUUUUCUGACAUAUGACGAAGUGAAACAGAAACUUCAGAAAUACAGCAGCAAGCCGGGAAGCUACGUCUUCCGCCUGAGCUGUACACGUCUUGGGCAAUGGGCUGUCGGUUAUGUAGCUCCUGACGGCAAAAUUUAUCAAACUAUUCCGCAAAACAAAUCACUCAUACAAGCAUUAGUGGAUGGGAGUCGAGAAGGAUUGUACGUUGAUCUUUCUUACAUUGUAUUUUAUCGUUUCCCUGAUGGAAGACCUACCAAUCCUGAUCUAAGUCAUGCUUUGCAACCAAGUCCAGAAGGUCAUUUAAAAGUGACGCCCGAGCAAUAUCAGAUAUAUUGUGAAAUGGGUACAACAUUUGAAAUGUGCAAAAUCUGUGCAGAAAAUAACAAAAAUGUCAAGUUAGAACCGUGUGGGCAUUUACUUUGCACACCGUGCUUGCAGAGCUGGCAGGAAUCAGAUGGUGGUAGCACGUGUCCUUUUUGUCGCUGUGAAAUCAAAGGUACCGAGAAAAUCAUUAUCGAUUCGUUCGACCCAACUAAAACAAACAAAAAACUUGGUUAUGAAACAAUUAUUGACAAAAGUAGUGUUAAAAAUAUACGACAGUCUUGGCCACCGAGGAAUGAAGUUGUGCCACCCUGGCGGGCACCUCCAUUACCUCCCCGUUAUGACUCUUCUUCGGCUGGCAGUAGUCCAUCCGUUACACACAAGCAAUUAACUUUUAUUGGAGACAGAGAUCCUCUUGGAACAGAUGCGACCAAACUCAAACAUAACGCUCCACCAACUAGUGUCAUGCAGUCAGAAAUGGUGACGCAGACUUUGACAGAGGGACCAUCUUACGUAAAUGUAGUUACUUCCAAUGGGAAAUCGAGCUAUGAGAGAUUGCAAUAUGUCAACACUGCUGUAAUAAGUAGUCAAACAUAG